AAAAGCAUAGCAAUAGAUUGUGAGAUGGUCGGACUAGGUCAUUUAGGUUCUGAAUCAGCUCUAGCUCGUGUUUCUCUCGUCAACUACCACGGACACAUUCUUCUCGAUACGUUCGUCUCGCCUAAAGUAGGAGAGCCAGUGACGGAUUUUCGAACUUGGAUAUCUGGGAUUAGAGCGCAAGAUCUGAAAGGUGCACCGGAUUUCGCUUCGGUGCAAAAACAAGUCUCAGAUUUACUCACUGGAAGGGUUCUCAUAGGACAUGCUAUAUCCAAUGAUCUUCAAGCAUUAUUGCUCAGUCAUCCAGCAACCAUGAUCCGCGACACUCAAAGAUGCAAACCUUUACAGGAAAUAGCAAAAAACAAACGUCCAGGUCUCAAAAAACUAUGCCAACUGGAACUCGGCUUAGAAAUCCAAAAAGGGUCACAUAGCUCUGUGACGGACGCAAGAGCUACUAUGGCUUUAUUCAGGUUACACAAGAAUGCCUGGGAU